AUGAAAGCAGAGCUUACAACUUCUGAAUCCACAGAACAAUCCAUGGAACAAGUUUUUCAUAAUAAUGACCAUACUGCAGAUUUAACCUUGCACUUGGUUGCAGAGGGACCUCAGGAUCAGAGACGGUACAACGCACCAAACACCAAUGAAGUAACAGUUUUGAUUAUGAACAAUGAUACAUGCACAACUAGAGAUAUCGUUCUGCAUAUACAUACAAGCAACCUUCAGUCCAUAAAUGAGUAUCACCGUUCAUAUGAUGCUCUUCACUAUGUUCUGAUGUUCCCCUAUGGCAAAGAUGGCUGGAACCUUGGCUCAACCUCUCUUUCUGGAAAACCUGUAACAGUAAUGCAAUGA